UACGAGAUUUGGUAAAAAGCUAAACAAAAAUUAUCCAUAAUACAAAUUCCAGUAAAAUAGUCCAAAUUUGACGAACGUUAGCAGAUGCAUUAAAUGGGGCAAAACGGCUUCGAGGAGCUCCGACGCUAUGUCAAACAGGGCGGCGACUUCAGCAAAGAGCUUAUAUUCGUUCUGCAAGAGCGCGCUGACUCGGAGCUGAUCUAUUCAAAGUCGCUCUCGAAGUUGGCCAACAAACUGAACAAAGCGGGUCGAGAGAUUCCUGGCAGCGUGGCGGAUGCCUGGCGUGGAGUUGCUACAGAAAUGGAAAGUCGCAGCGACAUCCAUCGCCAGCUGGCAGUCUCGCUGACCGAUGAGCUGGUGAAGCCGUUGAAGACAGUCGUGGACAAUCACCACAAGACACGCAAAGCGGUCGAAAGCAAUGUGGACAAGGCGGCUCGUGUGCUGAGCGAGUGGCGUGUGAGCGAGGCGAAGGCCAAGAAGGCCUCGCACACGGCCGCCCGGGAGAACGAGAAGCUGCAGGAUGCGAUGCUGGACGUGCGCAUACAGAAGUCGCCGUCGAUAGCGCUGCUGCAUCAGGGCCCCAACAAGCUGGCCGCCGAGAAGGAGCUGAAGUCGGCCGAGAAGGACUGCGCCAAGCUGGACAACAAGCGCAAGAAGGCCGAGGAGGCGGUCAAGCGGGCGGACGUCGAGUACUACACGCUCUGUGUGCGCGCCGAGCGUGCCCGGGUCGACUGGGAGAUGGCCGUGCUGCGCGGCUCCUCGCAGCUGCAGAGCAGCGAACAGCAUCGCGUGGGCAACAUGCACAACUUUGUGCAGCAAUACGCUCGCCUCAUCAACGACAUGAAUCCCAUUCUGGGCAGCCUGACGAGCAGGCUGCAGCAGCAGCUGGACGCCUGCAACGUGGCCAAGGAUAUGCAAGUGGUGCGCAACAUACGCCGCAACUCGGAGGGGCCCAGCGAGCAGCUGCUGCCGGACUUUUACUGUGAGCACACAACGCUGGCCAUGAACCGGGAGCGGCGCAAGCACUCGCUGAUCAAACUGCUGCAGCUGGUCAAAACGGAUUUGGAACGCGAGCGACGCUCCCGAGACGGACUGCGCGGCCUGUCCCAGUCGCUCAACAAUCAGGAGCAUCAGAAUAUUACCGACAAGCUCUACCACAUACGCUCGAUGCUGACCUAUCUGGAAGGAGCACGCUUGAAGCUGCAUACGGCGCUGCUGGAGCUGGAUCACAAGCCGCGCACUACGCAUCCGUUGGCCCAGCACAUACAGAUAACGCGCGAUCGUACUGGCCUGCAGCAGAGCAUCCUGAAGGUGCCCAACUGGAUGAAGAACAACGACAAGACGCAGCAGACGAAUGCAUUGUUGUCGCAGGACACUAGCGAUGGCGGCGUUGCCACCGACCAGGAUGACUAUGCACAGCUGCAGGCGCAGACAAACAGCUCCUGUGCAAACAUUAACGUCGUGGCCGCGCCCACCUCGGCGCUGCUGAAGCACUUUAAUCGUAGCAAGAGCAACAUUGAAAACUUUACCAGCCAACCAAAGAUAAUCUCGACAACCAAUGCAUCGCUGGCGGCGACAACUAUAACUGCUGCGGGGGGUGCGGCAGGCAGGUCCAAGACGCUGACCAGUGGCCAGACGAACGGACGCACAGACGAUCGCGGGCAGGCAGACGGCGGCUCCAAUCAGCAGGACUCUGACUUUGAUGAGUUUAGUUCGCAGGAUGAGGACGAGGGCGAUGCUGAGCCGCAAUCGGUACAGAAUUUCUAUCAAAACACGCAGGAGGUGCAAAGCUCGUCGAUGAGCUCCCAGGGCGCCAAUAGCAAUUUAACCAGCGUCAGCUCGAAGGAUGGCGGCCAGUGCCAGGUGCUCGGUCGCUGCAAGGCCCUCUACAGCUACUCACCGAAACUCUACGACGAGCUGGAGCUGACGCCCGGCGACAUCAUUGAGAUUCAUGCCAAACAGGACGACGGCUGGUGGCUGGGCGCAUUGCGCAAUCAAAUUGGCAUCUUUCCGGCGACCUAUGUGGAGGACUGUACCUAGCUACCGAUCUAUAUAAGUCACAUAGUUGUGUAAGAGUUUGUGUGACUGGAGACUUAAGUCUGUGUGAGUGCGUGAGUGCAUGUGUGUGAGUGUGCAGUGUGUGUGUAGAGAGUAUGUGGGAGCGUGAUACUGGAGGAAAGUCGAAUUGUAUUUGAUUUCGUUUAUCUUCCUUUUUAAUAUACAUCAUAUAUCAUAUAUAUACAUACAUAUAUAUAUAUAUUCUUACAACGAGCUUUAAAGGUCUCUGCAUUAAAAUAUCUAAAUUUUAACUAAAGAAACACA